UGAUAGCUGGCUUUUCAGGUGGUCUAUCAACUGUUGGUCUUGUGUACAUAUCAGAAAUUACACACCCCCAAAUUAGGCCUAUGUUAUUAUGUUUCAACUCAAUUUUUGUUUCACUGGCCCAUAUUGGAUAAUGUGUUUUGGAAAAGUAGAAUUAACUGAACGUAAAAAACAAGUUGAAAUUGUACUAAGGCGUUUAAAUAAGUCUGAACAAAGUUUUCAACAAGAAUUUCAACGAAUUAAUGAAAUUUCACAAAGUUAUAGAAACAUAGAUGAUGAGACAAGUUCAUUUUCUAAAAAAUGUCUUUAUCUUUAUGAACAAUUGAAGUAUCCUAAUGUCUACAAACCAACAAUAAUGUUAUUCAUAAUAUUUCUGCUACAACAACUCGCAGGAACUUACGUAAUAAUAUUUUAUGCACUUUCUGUAUUUGAGAAUAUUGGAGGUAAUUUUGGAAAAGGUUUAGAUAAAUAUGGUGCAAUGGUUAUUCUUGGUGUCAUACGUUUUUUAAUGAGCAUUCUCACAGCCUUAUUCAGCAAGAAAUUUGGUAGACGUAUACUAUGUAUAACAAGUGGUCUAGGAAUGGCAUUUUCUAUGUUCUUUUCGGCUAUGUAUAUAUAUCUGACUUCAUCCUGUGAUGAGAAUGGUCAUAUCAAAGAAGUUAUGGCUAAUCAGCAAUGGGUUCUUCUAGUAAUAGUGCUUUUUUAUGUGUGUACAAGUUCUAUAGGAUUUACUAUUAUUCCAUGGACUUUGAUUGGAGAACUGUUUCCAAUAUCAGUCAAAGGAAUUAUGGGAGGUAUUAUGGUAGCUAUUGCAUAUAUAAUGAUGUUUGGAGUGAUUAAGAGCUAUCCUUUUAUGAUGGCUUAUAUGGGAGCGCAAGGUGUAUUUUUCUUCUUUAGUAUUACGUCAUUAAUAGCUGCAAGUUUUGUAUACAUAUUUUUACCAGAAACUCUUGGUAAGUCAUUUUCAGAAAUUGAAAAUUACUUUAAUAAUAAAAAGAAACCAGAGGUCCAUACUACUGAAAACUUUAGAUAGUAUAUAUAAUAGAUUAAUUAAUUAUUUAAUUGAAUGAACAAGCCCAAAUAAUAGUAUCUUAAAUUGUUAAAUAUUUUUAAAAACAAAAAAAUUAUACAUAUACAUACAUAAAUUUGUAUGAACCUAAAAUUAAAAAACUAAAACAACAAUAUUUUUCAAUAUUAUCUUGGUAAUAAAUUAUAAACAUAAUGAUAUCAAUUUUGAUUUUGGUAAAAAAGUGAAAAUAAACUCUUAUUUUACAAACCAUACCAACAAACUGUUCUUUCAUUUAUUUUUUAUUUUAAAGCUGCAUGAAACCCCGUAAGUACAGUAAUUAUUGCGCAGCUACUUGUGCAUUCAAUUCUCAUUUUAAAAGGAAGCGAAAUCUGCAGCGCCUGCAGUGAGCAUGCAGUCAACAACUUGUUUGCUCACUUAUAUAUACAUGUAUAGUGUGCGUUGUUUAUGUACUCUAACCUCACUUUUUUACCUCCCGUAAAAAAGGAGAAAUCAAACGCGGAUGGAAAUGGUUUGACAUUCCAACGAAACCGACCAUGAAAAUUGAGAAAAGAUGAGAAUUUUGCGGUGCAAAAUUAGAUGUAUUAUAUACACUUUUUAUGCAAUCCUUUUAUACAUCAUUAUCAAGCGAAUUUCACUGGCCAAUAACAGUAAUAAUAUUCAUGAGGAAAAAACUCUCUUAUCAAAUAUUACUCACAACAGUCACAACUAUGAAACGAAUGAAAGGUAUGAGGAUUGGAUCACAAAAUACGUACAAGGUAUUUCUCGAAAAUUAGGUGAAUAUGGUAGACCUGCAUAUCUAAGUGGUGAAGAAAAAAUAAAAGGAAAUGAAGUCCUUAAAAAGAAAGCAGUUAAUAUUAUUUUAUCUAAUAAAAUACCCCUUCAAAGAAAACUGCCCGAUGUAAGAGAUCCACUCUGCAAAAAUGUCACAUAUGAUAGUGUGUUGCCUUCGGCUAGCAUUAUUAUAAUUUUUCAUAAUGAAGCAUUCAGUGUUCUUUUACGUACGGUUUACAGCGUUAUUAAAGAAACCCCACCAAAGCUUUUAAAAGAAAUUAUUCUGGUCGAUGAUAAAAGUAACGAAGAAGAAUUACUAGGUCUUUUGGAAUAUUAUAUUCAAACUCGGUUACCUAAAAAAGUUAAAUUAUUAAGAUUAGAUGAACGGCAAGGAUUAGUGCGAGCAAGAUUAAAAGGAGCAAAGAGUGCAACUGGUGAUGUUUUAAUGUUUCUAGAUGCUCAUUGUGAAGUAACAAAGCAAUGGUUAGAACCAUUACUGCAAAGAAUAAAAGAAAAGAAAAAUGCAGUUGUGACUCCAAUAAUUGAUAACAUAUCAGAAGAAACUUUUGAAUACUCGCAUAGCGAUGAACCGUCAUUUUUUCAAGUUGGAGGAUUUACAUGGUCUGGCCAUUUUACGUGGAUAAAUAUACAAGAAGCAGAUCUGAAGUCUAAGACUUCUGCUAUUUCUCCUGUUAAGUCACCUACAAUGGCUGGUGGUCUUUUUGCAAUCAAUAGAAAAUAUUUCUGGGAUAUAGGCAGUUAUGAUGAUAAAAUGGAAGGAUGGGGAGGAGAGAAUCUUGAAAUGUCAUUUAGAAUAUGGCAGUGUGGUGGAGUACUUGAAACUAUACCAUGUUCAAGAGUUGGACAUGUUUUUAGAAAUUUUUUGCCUUAUAAAUUUCCAAUGGAUAAAGAUACUCACGGUAUUAAUACUGCAAGAUUAGCAAAUGUAUGGAUGGAUGAUUACAAAAGAUUGUAUUAUUUGCACCGUGAAGAAUAUAAGGAUAAACCAGAGCUCAUUGGUGAUAUAAAAGAACGCGUGAAUUUGCGUGAAAAAUUAAAAUGUAAAAGUUUCAAGUGGUACUUGGAUAAUGUUUAUCCUGAAAAAUUUAUACCAGAUGAGAAUGUUCAAGCAUUUGGUAGAGUGCAAGUGCAGAAAGGAAACUUGUGCUUAGAUAACUUGCAAAAUGACGAAGAAAAACCAUACAACUUAGGAGUGUAUGAAUGUCAUUCCCAACUUUUUCCAAGUCAGUAUUUUUCACUGAGCAAAGUUGGCGAGUUAAGAAGAGAGGACACCUGUGCCACUGUGGUUGAAGAUGAACAUUCAAAAGAUAUUUUUAAAGUUUCUAUGAAAGCUUGUGAUGAAAUUGAAAAUGACAGGGAGUGGAUGUUGACUGAGGAUGGAAAAAUCCUACAUUUAAGGACUGGAUUAUGCCUUGAUGCUACUGGCAUACGUACUAAGGAAGAUGUGUUAGCUGCUGCCUGUUCUGACUCACCCGACCAAUUUUGGCAGUUUGAUUUUUAUGGCGAUAAAAUCAACCCUAGAUAAAAUCUAGUUGAUUGUUGCAUAGUUAAGAGGCAGCUUAUAAAAUAUAGCUGAAAUAUUUAUCUCAUAUUUUUAUACUAAUAUUGAAAGAUAGUUUAUAAUAUUUUAUUAUAAAAACUGUUGAAUUUAUUAUAUUAUAAAUAAUUUUUUUUUAUAAAAAUGAAGAUUUAACAUAAUCUAUCAAGUCAACAAUGAUGUAUCAAUGAUUAUUACAAUACAUCAAUUUCUAACUGUUG